CACAAUGGAUAGAAGAGCUUUGACUUUGAAGGCGAAGAUCCAGAAGCAUCGCCUUAAGACUGAAAAUUUGGACCCUCGAAAGUGGAUGAGACAGGAGACAGUCGACGCCUUUGCUGACUUCAUACUGAACAAGCACUCGGACGGAGAGACAGACAACAGCUUUGACAGCCAGGAGAUGUUGCUUGAUGCAGAGAAGCAGUUUAUGGAAGCUGCCAAGAGAAAUGACGUGGAGACCAUGAAGACUCUAGCAAAAGGGCUGAACGCCAAUGCGAGGAAUGUGGAUAAUAGGACUGCACUUCAUUAUGCAGUAGCUGGCAAAAACAAGGAGGCUGUGCAGCUUCUUCUGCAACGGAGGGUCAAGGUGGACCAAAAGGACAAGUACGGAGUGGCACCCAUUCAUCUGGCUGCCUGGUUUGGCAGUUUGGAGAUCUUGAAGUUAUUAGUGCAGGCUGGGGCCGAGCAGAAAGUUGAGAACGAGGAAGGACUGAACAUCAUGCACUGUGCUGCUAUCAAUAACCAAACUGAAAUCAUAGAGUAUAUAAUGAAUGACCUGCAGAUGAAAGAACUGGACAAAGAAGACCAGUCAGGUCACCGGGCAUUUGCAUUGGCAGCAGAGCAUGGGUGUGUUGAAAUGUUGGAAAUGCUGAUGGUGCGAUAUGACAUGGGAACCAUGGAGCCCAACAAGCGCGGGGACACGCCCCUGCACUUAGCUGCCAGGAACGGCCACCUGGCCGCCAUCCAAUCGCUGCUGCAGAGCUUUGAUACUCGGGAUGAAGUCAAUAUGGAAAGUGAGACAGCUCUGUACCAGGCUGCAGAACACGGUGAGGAAGAGUGUGCUCUGCUCCUAUUGGAGGCUGGCUGCGACCCCAACAUCCUUACAAAGGCCAAUUGCAGUGCUCUCCAUCCAGUUUCAGAAAAAGGAGACACAUCUGUAGUCCAGCUCCUCUUAGAUUACAAAGCCCAUACAGACUUCCAGAACCAGAACCUAGAGGCUCCUCUCCACCUGGCAGUGAAGAACAGUCAUAUCCCUGUCAUCCAUUGUCUACUAAAGUCUGGUUGCAACGUCAAUGUUACUGAUAAGAGGUCCCAGACUGCCAUGCAUCUCGCUGCAGAGCUGGCCAGAACAGAAGUGGCGGAAAUGCUUCUUAAAUCAGGGCUGGAUCCGACACUCAGGGACAGGCAGAACAAGACGGCCCUGGGUGUGGCAGCCAGAGCAGACGAGGUGAUAAUCGUUGACAUGAUCAUCAAAGCAGAAAGAUACUACGCCUGGAGGAAGGCCAACCCAGAACUUAAUGAGAGCAUUCACAGCGAGUAUCCGCUAAGGUUUAAACUGGACCACCGCUCUGAGACCAAGCAGCUCCGCUCCAUGGCCUGGCGCCUGGCGUACGAGCUCCUGAAACCUGGAGACUGGAAAAGACUCGCUGAAAACUGGGACUUCACUAAAGAGCAAGUGUCGGCCAUCGAGGAGCAGUGGACAGGUCGGCACAGCUAUAAAGAGCAUGGGAACAGGAUGCUGCUGAUCUGGCUCCACGGGGAGGAGUUGGCUGAGAGGAGCCCUGCGAAAGAGCUCUACCAGGGCCUAAUCCUCAUUGGGAACAGGAAAGCUGCAGAUAGGAUUCGGAUGGAGGCAGAGAGUUCCAGUAGUAAGAGCUGCAGCAUUUCAUAAGAAUGAGCUCUGCAACUAUGGACUGACAUCAACG